AUGCCUCGCGCUGGCCUGCGAUCGGCGGCAGCGAGUGAGCCACAGACAACCAAUCGAAAUCCGGCGUACAAACGCAAUCCGACCCCAGAACGCCAAGAUUUCGACGGGAGAAGCAAUGGGGGAAGCAAUGGGAGAAGCAAUGGGAGAAGCAAUGGGAGAAGCAACGGGAGAAGCAACGGGAGAAGCAACGGGAGAAGCAACAGGGAUGGUCCUGGACGAACGAAGAGAAUGCCACAGUCGCGGCAUGGUGCACGCCGUAUGCAAACUCGGGCGGCUACUCUUCUCAAAAGGGAGGCAGAAAUGCAGUAUUCGGGGAAGAAGCGGGCCGGAAUAAGUGAGGAAUCGCAGAACCCCCCGCCCAAACGACUUGGUCUUCGCAGCCAAGGUCGAGAGCAGCAAGACACCACGGCUGAGAACGGGGUAUCAGACGAGGAGGAUGACGGCGACGGGCUGUAUUUCGACCCGACUCUUUUGGAUGCCGUCAACGCAAAGGCCGGAUUUCACAGAGAGGAGUCGUUCUCAGAGAAGUCGCAGGGUAUUGAUGAGCAGGCGACCGAGCAGCAGCUCGAAAUCUUUGCCUUGGAUUCGUACGAGUACGAGCCCGACGACAGGCAGGAGCGGCUGGAAUCCGAGUCAGCUUUGACGUCCCCCCCAAAACACGUUCGGGUCGAGGCGAGGUCGCCGGGCGAUGGCACUGUCGAUGGACCAGCACGCAAGUUGCGUCGUGGACGGGCCGCAAGGGUGAAUCCAGAGACGAAGACGGCAAAUGCAGCGAUGGAGAAGGGUACAGCGCUUCGGGGGGCGGCAGAUGACGAUAAUGUUGAUAUCGAUUCGGGGCAUGACGACGGCCCGCACGCACGGCACAGCAACGAUGGGCUCUGCCGUGAAGGAUAUGCAGACGAAGGAAUGAUAUACAGCAACAACGCCGAUGAUGCGAUACCCGAUUCAGAGGAUGAUGGCCAUGUUGACGUUGGGCUGCGCGAUGCAGAUCAAGCCGAGGACCGAAUUUGGGACGACUUGCACAUCAUGAUACUCGAUUCGGAUGUCGAAAAGGGCGGAAAAAUAAUACCCGGUGAAGAUGGACGAAAUGAACCCCUCCAUUUCGUUCACAUCCAAUCCGAGCCGCUUCCCUCGAUGCUCCUGCUCAUGGGCCUGCGUGGUUGGACGGCAGAGUCGAAGGGAUAUGCCGACAAGCUACUUCGCCGUCCUUUGGAGAGCAACGACGAGUGGUGGAUGCGCAAUGAAGAGUUCCUAGAGAAUCGGAUGUGCGAGACGCUGUACCGCAGAGUCCAGCAUAUUGCCAGUUUCUAUCAGCGUGUGCCAAGGGCGCCGGAAUUCGAAGCGCAGGCCGAGCAUAUCCGGCUCGGCCAUGAUGAUAUUCAGGACGCCGUCCUCGACGGCUGCAAGUUGGUGAAAUAUUUGGCAGCCUAUGAUGGAGAUUCCAGCGGCAGCAUGGCUUCGGAUUGGAGCCAAACGAUGACGAGGAGCCUUUAUCGAAGAAUCAUUCCCAUCCUAGUCUUGUGCAUGAGGGAAGUGUUUUUGGCGGGAACGACAUCCGCAUCGGACGACGACGGGCCGUUGCCGGUUACGGGGGCCUUUACGAUGUUCACGCUACAACCCCUGCUGCUCCUGUCAGGCUGGAUCGGCAUCCUCUACGAGGCGAUGACCCGCUCGCUCGCGCAGAAGCCGUCGUCGCCGACGACGACGGCCGACGAGAAGGAACAGAGGUCGUUGGCGAAGGAGGAUGACAACCGCAAGCUGCUGCGGAGGAGACGAGACACGUUCCACGAGACGUUGGAAGAGGCAAGAACGAGACUGGGGGGUCGGACCGGUGCCUCAAGACAAGCGGACGAAGAGGUGGCGGGCAUCCGCCACAGGCAGGAAGCGCAAGCGAGGAGUGCGCAGGACGAACUCGGAAAGACGAGGACGAGGUUGCAGAUGGAGCGGGAAGAGCUGAUCAGGACAGAGCGGAUGGUGCUGAAGGCGGAGAAGGAGAGGGCGCGCAAGGCUCACGAGAAACGAGAGGCGCAGUUGCAACGGUUUAUGGCGUCAGCGCGGAGAAUACUCGACGGCCGAAUGAAGAAUGGGCCUUGGGAGCGCCAAAGCCAGGAGGAGAGGUAUCUGGCGAAGCACGGAUGGCACCUGUGGGAAGACGAGAGGUUACUUGACAAGCUGAAGGACAGCAAGUCACCUCCGAUUCACGCGCUAUCGCAUCAAGAUCUCGAAGCGGUGAUGCCGCAGCGGUCUCUCGAGGAGAUUGCCAAGCGCGUGUCGUACCUGAGGAACAAGAUGCGGCUCCUUUACGAAGUGCAGAAGCAGGAGCCGCCAUGGUGGUGCUCUCACGGGUCGGAUCAGGAUUGA